AUGCCAGCGCCGAUCUUGAACUGUCAGAAAUGCAAGACACCCAUCACCGUCGAUGCAUCACUGCAACAUCUCAAUCCGGCGUCCUUUAAACUUCUCGCUGAUGCGGCUCCAGUGUUGGAGCCGAAACCGCCGGAAGGCGCUCGAUCAGCUGCUGCCAGGGAGAGGGAGCAGCUUUACAAUGAAGUGUCCCAGCAUGCUGGACCGCCGAUUCACAAAAGCAAUGUUGCGGUGCGCAGAACUCCCAGCGGAAGGAUCAAUCCCGACAUGUCAUUCAUUAUGCUAUCUGGAUCUCACAUGGCAGCUCCAGAGAACGCCAAAUCAGUACCACGCAAGAAGAGUGUCUCGAAGAAGGCAGACGCAGGAAACGUGGAUGAAGUUGGACUACUAUCACAGGAAAUGGAGACGACCAUGCGUUUGUUUGAAGUCCUGUCUUCUCGGUCAGACAUAGACCACCCAGUCUGCUCCGAGUGUACAGAACUGCUUUUGGAAAGUCUGCAGAAGCGACAGGGCGAUGUGACUCGCGAGCGAGAUGCAUACGUUGGGUUUCUCAAGAAAGCUCAACAAGAUAUGCCGACAGAGGAGGAAAAACUCAAGACCAAGCGAGACCUGGAUGUCGCUCAGCAGCGAGAAAAGGAGGCUCUACAAGAGCUGGAGGCGUUGGAAGCAGAGAAAGCACGCAUGGAGGCUGAGAUUGCAGCGCUCGAUACCGAGGCGGAAGAUCUUGACGACGAAGAAGAGCAGUUCUGGCGUGAACGCAAUGCUUUCACAGCCGAACUGACGGCUAUUCAAGAAGAACGCGACAGCCUGCAGGCUCAGCUGGCAAAUGACAACAAAGUUCUCGAAGCACUGCAACGCACGAACGUUUACAACGACACAUUCUGCAUCGGCCACGAUGGUACAUUCGGCACUAUCAACGGACUACGACUGGGAAGAACGCCCGAUCAAUCGGUAGAUUGGCCUGAGAUCAACGCCGCCUGGGGUCAGACUCUUCUGCUAUUGACCGUGGUCAUUGAGAAGCUGGGUCUCCGUCUGAAGGGAUACGAGCUCGUUCCUGUUGGAUCUACAUCGAAGGUCGUCAAGGUGGAGUAUUCUCAAGCAGCUUCUACCAACGAUGGCAAGCCGAAGAAAACAAUCUUCGAGUUGUACAGCAGUGGUGACCUGCCCUUGGGACUGAGCUUUCUGCAUCGCAACUUCGACAACGCCAUGGUGGCAUUUCUUGACUGUCUCCGGCAGGUCGGUGAUCAUGUCGAACGAACCACUCCCGGAUCCGGCGCGACUGGGUUGAAAAUGCCUUAUGCGAUCGCGAAAGACAAGAUUGGAGAUGUCAGCAUCAAGCUCGGCAAUUUCGGGCAAGAGGAGCAAUGGACGAAGGCUUGCAAAUACACAUUGACGUGUUGCAAAUUCCUACUGGCGCAUGCAAGUCACAUCACCGACGGGGCUGAUCCAAAGAAUGCUCGAUGA